GGGAAACGCAGGACAUCUAGCAGCGAUUCGAUUCAAAUAUGAUGCGAUGUCCUACAGACUCGGAAGACUUGAAUGUCUAAGGGAUUUUGUACCGGUAUACUGGUUGACGGUGAUCCCCCGUAUCCUCGGGUAAGUAGUACAUGCACGAUGCAUGGUGACCCCUUUUGAUAUCCCUGUUGUGUAAAUGCCAGCACAACACUACACUCCUUGGGCUCACAUGGCCCUAAGAAGUACGUGGUAAGUUUCAUGCGAGAUGUUGCAGGCUGAUCCCACCGAGUCAUACAAGUCUCCACACUAUAUAAUAUCGCAUUCCAACUUCACAUUAUAUUGAACAAAUGUCUCGUCCUGACACUGAUUUACUGGAUUCCUUGUCCGCCGAGCUCACUCAGCAACUCAAGGAGCUCAUGGACCAAGCCCUGCUUGAGUUUAUACGACCGAAUUCCGCAUCUCAGUUUGCUCAACAUGCUCCUGAGUUGGCAAACUUCCGCGAGACCAUCGCACACAGCGAUCCGAAGGACGAUAUUGAUUUUCUACGCAGCUUCCGAGACUUUGUUCCCACCACAAGCUAUGAGCCUUAUAAGCCAUACAUAGCAAAGUUUUUCGCGACUCCUUGCAAGGAGUCCGACGUAACGAACCUGUUCGCCCCAGGACUGCCCUACUGCUUAGCCAUGUCCAGCAUGACAUCUGGCAAAUCAUCAAAGACGUUUCCAACAUACCGGCCUGCUCCGCACUUGUUACACCACCCUAUAUAUCUCUCGCUUCCUCAUUCAGAGGGUAGUACCUUAUCACCAUCUUCGUUGAGUUUCGGGCAAGUCCUGAAAUUGUAUGGCGAGGAUGGUCAGAGCUCCAAGACGUUGCCGGUCUGUUCUUUAACCGUCGGUUUUCUGCGAAUGCAAAAGAACUGGGACGUCGAGCAUGACAUGGACAGACUCGACUUGUGGGUUCCGGGGAAAACGGAUCCUUACGCGAUUUCCUUGGUGAAGAGCUUUCGUGCUUUCUUCGUUUUGAAUGCGCUAUUCGCACUUGCAGACCGCCGGGUGACAACCAUCCGCUUCCUCUUCGCCAAUGUAUUUGUCAAUCUUCUGCAAUACAUAGAGGAUGAAUGGACUCUACUCAUCGACUGUAUCGCGAAAGGAAUAAUCCCAGACAUUGAAAAAAUGGACCACGUGCGAGAACCUUUGGAGAAACAUUUUACUCCAAAUCCUAUUCGUGCUGCUGAACUGCGCGAAAUUGGGCCCCCUGUAAUCCGGGGAUGGGCGGUUCGUGUGUGGCCUGACUUGAAAAAGUUCAUCGGAAUCACUGGAGGCCCCGCUGCUGCAUCCGUUCCAAAGGUUACUCACAUCCUCGGGCCUUCUGUUACGAUGCAGGCUCCUUGUUACGGCAGUUCAGAAUGUUUUGUCGCCGUACCAUAUCUCAACGGCAACCCUAAUAUCGACUUCAAGGUAGUGCCUAUAGAUGGAGUCACCGAGUAUCUGGACGUGCGUUCCAAAGAGCCUUCGGAGCGUGUAUUGUCCGCUUGGGAACUUGAGACCGGAGGGCAUUACGAGCCCGUCUUGACGACCCGCAACGGCAUGUGGAGAUACCGCCUUGGCGAUGUCGUCGCCGUUAAAGGCUUUGCGCCGGACGACGGAUUACCUGUCAUCAAUUACCUUCAUAGGCGAGAUGGCUCGUUUAAUCUGGCGUAUGGAUCAACAUGUACAGAGUCGCAACUGACGAAAGCGAUCGUAUCUGCAUCUGAACGAUGGAUCGGCCAAAUCAUAGAUUUCACUAUUGUACCCGACGACCGAGACACGCAAGUUACUUAUGGGUACUUGGUAGAAAUUGAAGGAGAAAUAGGAAAGGACGCGACAAGGGCGGUAGAGCAUACUUUUGAAGACCUCUCGGCAAAUACUGAGUAUCAUCUCGCGUUUUUGCAAGGGAGAGGAAGGAAGCCAAGCAUCCGUCUCGUGAAGAGAGGCACGUUUACAGAAUAUCGCAGGCAGAAAUGCGACAAGACGAACAUCUCGAUAGGCCAAGUGAAGGUUCCCAUCGUCCUAUCCGACGAAACGUUUAAGGAAUGGUUCCUGCAGAGAGUCAUCAUGGAGCUGUAAGAUAUUACGCAAGGGUCUGGUUGAAAGGAAUGAUUUUGUUGAGAUUACCGCUUUUGAAUGUGCAGUCUUUGAAAUUGUUGUCGAGAUCUCUUGCCCUGAUAUAUUAAACGCUUUGUAUAUCGAAUUUUUUGAUCCAAAUUGUGAGA